AAAUUAUCUUUUCAGUCUCACUAAAUAAUACAAAUGCCUAGAAAAUUAUCAAAAUUUCAUGAAUUGUCUGACAGAAGUAAACGAAGGCGGGCUGAUGAAGCUGGAUGCUCUCACUUUUCUUAUAGUGCAUCUUCAUCAGAUGUUGAAAUAACUGCAGUCUCCCCAUCACCUGAUAUAAAUGUCCAAAUCCUUCCAUUCAUUUCAAAUGACCAAAUAAAUAUAAAUUCCGAUCCUUCUCAUAAUGAUGAUCAAGAUCAUUUCGAAAAUAUUAACAAUGACUUUAUUAGUAGUAGUUAUAGUAGUUGUAGUAGUAGUGAUAAAAGUAUUGAUGAAUCUAUCCAUGAAUCAUAUUUUCAAACUGGCCAUGAUGAAAGUGAAUCUCCUACUGGCAUUAAACAUUUUCUUAAAAAUUGGGCUAUUAAACAUAAUGUAACAGAAGUGUGUCUUUCAGAUUUAUUAGUUGGCCUAAAAAGCAAUGUUGAUGGCUUAUCUAAGUUACCGUCUGAUGCUAGGACCCUGUUGAAAACAAAUAUAGUUUUUGAGAAAAGUAUUGUGGAACCUGGUAGUUAUAUUCAUUUUGGUUUGGAAAUGCAGUUAAGACGUUUAAUUUCUAAUAGUCCAUCAGCUAAUAAUAUACAGGAUCUAAAACUUUUACUUAAUAUUGAUGGAUUACCAUUAUUCAAAAGUUCAGCCGGUCAAGUGUACCCUAUAUUAAUAGUAAUAAUGAAUGUUCCUCAAUUAAAAAAUGUAGUGUUUCCUGUAGGUAUUUAUUAUGGUAUGCGAAAGCCUAAUAAUAUGUUUGAUUUUCUUAAUCCAUUCAUUAAUGAGUUGGUUGAUUUAAUGACAAAUGGUUUAAUAAUUGAGCUAGGAAAUAAAAUAUCUGUUAAACUCAUUGGUAUGUGUUGUGAUGCACCUGCUAAAAAAGAUUUAUUAGGUAUUAAAGGACAUGGAGGCUAUAAUUCUUGCACUAAAUGCACAGUUCAUGGUAGAACAAUUGAAAGAAGAAGAACUUUUGCUGACUUGGACUGUCCAUUAAGAACUAAUUAUGAUUUUAUAAAUUGGGUAGAUGUUAAUUUUAGGCAAUUAGAUACACCAUUGGUAAGAAUACCUGAUUUUGAUUUUGUUAAAUCAAUUAUACUCGAUUUUAUGCACCUUGUAUGUUUGGGUGUAAUGAGAACAAUGCUCUUAAUUUGGUGCAAUGGCGAACUUCCACACAAACUUUCACGACAAUUAAUUGAAAGAGUUUCAGAUUUUAUGAAAAACAAUCGUAGAAAUUUACCUGUGGAGUUUGUCAGGCAACCUAGGGAAUUAAAAUAUUUGUUGCGAUUCAAAGCAACGGAAUAUCGUUCUUUUUUAUUAUACUUGGGUCCAGUUGCUUUAAAAGGAGUUUUGAGUGAUGACAAAUAUAUUAAUUUUCUUACAUUACAUGUAGCAAUUUCAAUUUUAUUGAAUCCUAAAAGUUGCCUGAAACCAGAUUUAACAGAAUACGCCAGAAAACUUCUUCGACAUUUUGUCCAAAACUUUAACAACUUAUAUGGUGAAAUGUUUAUCACACACAACUUCCAUGGUCUUAUUCACUUAACCGAUGAUGUAGAAUACUUUGGUACCAUUUUAGACUCAAUUACUCUCGAUACAAUUUCAGCUUUUCCAUUCGAAAACUACCUACAAACUAUUAAAAAAAUGAUUAAAGGAAAUAAUAAACCCCUUGAACAGAUUGGAAAGCGAUUAGGUCAGAUAUUCUCUAUCCAUUUACCAUUUUCAUCCACCGCCGAUAAAUCCAACUUUCCAAAAUUUAAAAAUGCUCAUUCCAAUGGGCCUCUGCCUGUUCACUGCAGUGGUCUACAAUAUUCUACAGUGAUAUUUUCCAAUUUUACUAUUAAAAUCUUACCUCCAAAUAAUUGCUGUGGUACAAAAAAAGGUGAUAUUAUAAUAGUCGAAAAUAUUUGUUAUUCUACAGAGCUAAAUUGUUAUGUCAUUGUUGGUAGAACAUUUUUAAAUAAAAAUGAUUUCUUCAAAAAACCUUGUAAAAGCUCUUCCUUAGGUAUUUUUGAAGUCCAAAAGCAAUCUGUUCUCAAAUGUUGGCCCAUUACUGAAAUAAUAACCAAGUAUGUUUUCUUCGAAUACAAACAAAGUUAUAUCACUUUUCCGCUACUACAUACAGCUUAAAUAAAUAAAUACUACUC